ACAAACACAUACACAAUUCUAAAGUACCUAUUAAUUCCCAAUGGCAUCAUCCAUGACCGUGACCACCUCGUUCUUUGGUGGCGCCGUCGCCACGAAGCCGGCCACGGCCACCACCCGUCGCAGCCAGCUGGCGGUGAGGGCGAUGAACUUGGAGAAGGCGGUGGCAGAGACCACCAACACGAGGCGGGGCCUCAUGUUGGCGGGGAUGGCCGCCGCAGCAGUGUCGUCCUUCUCGAAAGCCGCGAUGGCCGAACCGUUAGUAGGCGGGUGGACGCCGCAGAAUCCCAAAGCACCGGAGUAUUUUCAAGUGGCGACAUUCGCGGUGUCGGAAGCAAACAAACGGAUUAAUGAGGCCUUCUUGCCCUUGACUCUGGAGUCUGUGUUAAAGGUUGAGACGCAGGUGGUGUCUGGUUUGAAUUACAGGCUGAUUCUCACCGCGAGGGAUCAACGUCCCAAAUCCAACAACUACGAGGCCAUUGUUUUCUCCCAGGCCGCGCCGACAUCCCUACAGCUUACUUCCUUCAAUCCACUUCUUAAAUAGAUUUCCCUCAUAAGGUGCCAGCGGAGUCCUAAAUGCAACAGAAUGCUCAAGUUUAUCAGUUAUUAAGUGUGUGGAAAAACUAUCUCCAGUGUUUAGCACUUUUCCUAGCCUCUAUAGAAGGCCUUUUAUUGUAAUAAUUUGGAGAUACUUUUUUCAUCAAUAUAUAAAAGUAAUUUCCCUCUUUCCAUUCAA